CGUGUGUGUGUUCGCGUGUGUCCGUGUGACUGCGCCCCGCCUCAGAAACUGAUCGCCUAUGGGCACCUGACGGGCAGCGCCCCGGACAGCACGGCCCCGGGCAAGAAGCUGAUCGACAGGAUCAUAGAGACCAUCUGCGCCUGCUUCCAGGGGCCCCAGACGGACGAGGGCAUCCAGCUGCAGAUCAUCAAGGCUCUGUUGACGGCGGUGACCUCGCAGCACAUCGAGAUCCACGAGGGCACGGUGCUGCAGGCGGUGCGCACCUGCUACAACAUCUACCUGGCCAGCAAGAACCUCAUCAACCAGACCACGGCCAAGGCCACGCUCACCCAGAUGCUCAACGUCAUCUUCGCCCGCAUGGAGAACCAGGCACUUACAAAUCACAAGCUCUCAUGGUCUCUGGCCUUCAGAAAGAGGGACCGCCAGCUGCAGGAGGCUAAGCAGAUGGAGCGGGAGCGGCACCGGCAGCAGUCCCCGGCCACGCCCCACAAAGAUGCCGCCUCCCCCCAGCUCCAGGGCCCCGCCCACCUCCAGUCCAGAGGCCCCGCCCAGGAGCCCAACGGGCCCUCCACGCCCCCCUCCACGCAGUCCACCCCGGGAGCCACGCCCACCGCCACCACCCCCUCCACCCCCGUCAACAGCGGCCUGGAGGGCGGGGCCCCCGAGGAGCGGGGCCCCGGGGCCUACGAGAGCCCCCACCCCGAGAACGGCUCAGAGUUCUGCGUGGCCGAGAACGAGCAGACGGAGGCGGACCAGGCCACUGCCGCCGCCGCCACCGCCAUCGCCGCCACCGCCGCCGCCGCCCAGAACGCCGUGGCGGAGCAGGAGCAGCGGGUGGGGGAGGGGGAGGAGGGGGAGGACCGCGAGUCCCCCAACUACGAGGAGAAGGCCCAGGAGAUCGUGCAGAGCGUCCUUCAGGAGGUGGUCAACACGGUCGCCGGAGGGAACUGCCUGGACCCCGCCCACCUCUGCUCGGACGCCAAGGAGUCGGGCGGCGAGGGCGGGGGCGAGGCCGGGGCCGUCGACGUGGCGGCCGUCGACGUGGCGGCGGUGGCGGCGGUGGCGGCGGGCGAGUCGGAGGCGUGCGGCGAGGGGUCGGCGGAGGUCACCCAGAGCUCGCUGGAGGACGAGAGCGUGCUGGGCAGCAGCGACAGCGAGCACGCCCACGUCAACGGCAUCCCCGGCACGCCCAUCAGCGCCAGCUGCACGCCGUCGCUGCCCGACGACCGGCUCUCCGUCUCCUCCACCGACACUCAGGAAUCGGGGACCGCUCCGGGCCAGCCCCCCGGCGCCAAGUUCUCCCACAUCCUCCAGAAGGACGCCUUCCUGGUGUUCCGCUCGCUCUGCAAGCUCUCCAUGAAGCCCCUGACCGACGGACCCCCCGACCCCAAGUCCCACGAGCUGCGCUCCAAGGUGCUGUCCCUGCAGCUGCUGCUGUCCAUCCUGCAGAACGCCGGCCCCGUCUUCAAGACCAACGAGAUGUUCAUCAACGCCAUCAAGCAGUACCUGUGCGUGGCGCUCUCCAAGAACGGCGUGUCCUCCGUGCCCGAGGUCUUCGAGCUGUCGCUGUCCAUCUUCCUCACGCUGCUGUCCCACUUCAAGACCCACCUCAAGAUGCAGAUCGAGGUGUUCUUCAAGGAGAUCUUCCUUUACAUCCUGGAGACCUCCACCAGCUCCUACGACCACAAGUGGAUGGUCAUCCAGACGCUGACCAGGAUCUGCGCAGACGCCCAGGGCGUGGUGGACAUCUACGUCAACUACGACUGCGACCUGAACGCCGCCAACAUCUUCGAGCGGCUGGUCAACGACCUCUCGAAGAUCGCCCAGGGGAGGGGGGGUCACGAGCUCGGCACCACACCCGUCCAGGAGCUGACCCUGAGGAAGAAGGGCCUGGAGUGCCUGGUGUCCAUCCUGAAGUGCAUGGUGGAGUGGAGCAAAGACCAGUACGUCAACCCCAACUCCCAGACCAGCCUCGGUAAGAGCCCCCGUCCCCCCCCGCGGUCUGAACCCGGGGGCGUUUGGACCCACGCCAGGGGGGGGGGUGGACCCUCGGUCGAAACCCUGGCGUGGACCCAACAGUCCUGGUCUGUGUGGAAGUGGGGGGUCUCUGUUCACCUCCGCGUGAACUGGAGGUGUGAACGGGAUCUGACUCGUCCGCAGGAAGCACAACGAACAACGAUGAAGGGCAUGCUGGGAACCACGCCGGAGGACCUGGCCCAGUUCCUGCAUCAGGAGGAGAGGCUUGACUCGACCCAGGUGGGCGAGUUCCUGGGGGACAACGAGCGCUUCAACAAGGAGGUGAUGUACGCCUACGUGGACCAGAUGGACUUCCAGGGGAAGGACUUUGUGUCGGCGCUGCGCAUCUUCCUGGAGGGCUUCCGGCUCCCGGGAGAGGCCCAGAAGAUCGACCGGCUCAUGGAGAAGUUCGCCGCCAGAUACCUGGAGUGCAACCAAGGGCAAACGCUGUUUGCGAGCGCUGACACGGCCUACGUCCUGGCCUACUCCAUCAUCAUGCUGACCACCGACCUCCACAGCCCCCAGGUGAAGAACAAGAUGACCAAGGAGCAGUACAUCAAGAUGAACCGCGGCAUCAACGACAGCAAGGACCUCCCCGAGGAGUACCUGUCGGCCAUCUACGACGAGAUCGCCGGCAAGAAGAUCGCCAUGAAGGAGACCAAGGAGCUGACGCUCAAGUCCACCAAGCAGAGCGUGGCCAGUGAGAAGCAGCGCCGGCUGCUCUACAACGUGGAGAUGGAGCAGAUGGCGAAGACGGCCAAGGCCCUGAUGGAGGCCGUGAGCCACGUGCAGGCGCCCUUCACCAGCGCCACGCACCUGGAGCACGUCAGGCCCAUGUUCAAGCUGGCCUGGACCCCCUUCCUGGCCGCCUUCAGCGUGGGCCUGCAGGACUGUGACGACACGGAGGUGGCCUCGCUCUGCCUGGAGGGAAUCCGCUUCGCCAUCCGGAUAGCCUGCAUCUUCUCCAUCCAGCUGGAGCGUGACGCCUACGUGCAGGCCCUGGCCCGCUUCACCCUGCUGACGGCCAGCUCCGGCAUCUCGGAGAUGAAGCAGAAGAACAUCGACACCAUCAAGACGCUCAUCACCGUGGCCCACACCGACGGCAACUACCUGGGCAACUCCUGGCACGAGAUCAUGAAGUGCAUCAGCCAGCUGGAGCUGGCUCAGCUCAUCGGCACGGGGGUGAAGGCGCGCUACAUCUCCAGCACGGUGCGCGGCAAGGAGGGCUUCAUCACCAGCACCAAGGAGCAGAACAGCGACGAGUACCUUGGCCUGGUAGGAGGGACGACGGACCGCAAGCAGAUCCUCAGCAUCCAGGAGUCCAUCGGGGAGACCAGCUCUCAGAGCGUGGUGGUGGCGGUGGACAGGAUAUUCACGGGAUCAACCCGGCUGGACGGAAACGCCAUCGUGGACUUUGUGCGCUGGCUGUGUGUGGUCUCCAUGGACGAGCUGGCCUCACCGACCCACCCGCGCAUGUUCAGCCUGCAGAAGAUCGUGGAGAUCUCCUACUACAACAUGGGCCGCAUCCGCCUGCAGUGGUCCCGCAUCUGGGAGGUCAUCGGGGACCACUUCAACAAGGUGGGCUGUAACUCCAACGAGGACGUGGCCAUCUUCGCGGUGGACUCCCUGCGGCAGCUCUCCAUGAAGUUCCUGGAGAAGGGCGAGCUGGCCAACUUCAGGUUCCAGAAGGACUUCCUGAGGCCCUUCGAGCACAUCAUGAAGAAGAACAGGUCUCCCACCAUCCGGGACAUGGUGGUGCGCUGCAUCGCCCAGAUGGUCAACUCCCAGGCGGCCAACAUCCGGUCGGGCUGGAAGAACAUCUUCUCGGUGUUCCACCUGGCGGCCUCGGACCGCGACCAGGGCAUCGUGGAGCUGGCCUUCCUCACCACGGGCCACAGCGUCACGAAUGUAUUUGAGAAGCACUUUGCGGCGACCAUCGACUCCUUCCAGGACGCGGUCAAGUGCCUCUCGGAGUUCGCCUGCAACGCCUCCUUCCCCGACACCAGCAUGGAGGCCAUCCGCCUCGUCCGCCACUGCGCCAAAUACGUGUCCGACCGACCUCAGGCCUUCAAAGACUACACCAGCGACGACAUGAACGUGGCGGCGGAGGACCGGGUGUGGGUGCGGGGCUGGUUCCCCAUCCUGUUCGAGCUGUCCUGCAUCAUCAACCGCUGCAAGCUGGACGUCCGCACCAGGGGCCUGACGGUGAUGUUCGAGGUGAUGAAGACGUACGGCCACACCUUCGAGAAGCACUGGUGGCAGGACCUGUUCCGCAUCGUCUUCAGGAUCUUCGACAACAUGAAGCUCCCGGAGCAGCAGACGGAGAAGGCGGAGUGGAUGACCACCACCUGUAACCACGCGCUCUACGCCAUCUGCGACGUGUUCACGCAGUACUUUGAGUCCCUGAGCGACGUGCUGCUGGACGACAUCCUGGCCCAGCUGUACUGGUGUGUGCAGCAAGACAACGAGCAGCUGGCUCGGUCGGGCACCAACUGUCUGGAGAACGUGGUGAUCCUGAACGGGGAGAAGUUCUCCCUGGAGGUCUGGGACAAGACCUGCACCUGCAUGCUGGACAUCUUCCGGACCACCAUCCCUCACGCGCUGCUGACCUGGAGACCAGAAGGAGAGCAGCUGAUCGGGGACCUGUCUGACAAACAGCUGGACUCCAUCUCCCAGAAGUCCCUGGACCUGCAGUCCCGCUCUGAGGACCAGCACUCGGUCGGCGGCGUGGACCGCGUCGCCACGGAGACCAGGCGCCAGAGUCAGUACGGCGCCGGGCUGGUGGAGGACGGCCUCCGGACACGCACCCCCACAAAGCUGCUGGAGCAGCGUCUGUUCUCGGCGCUGCUCAUCAAGUGCGUGGUGCAGCUGGAGCUCAUCCAGACCAUCGAUAACAUCGUCUUCUUCCCCGCCAGCAGCAAGAAGGAGGACGCCGAGAACCUGGCCAACGCCCAGCGGGAUGCGGUUCCCCCGGCGACGGUUCCCAUGGAGACCGCUCAGGAGCAGGGCAUGUACCGCUACCUGAGCUCGGAGCAGCUGUUCAAGCUGCUGGACUGUCUGCUGGAGUCGCACCGCUUCGCCAAGGCCUUCAACUCCAACCACGAGCAGCGCACCCUGCUCUGGAAAGCAGGCUUCAAGGGGAAGUCCAAGCCCAACCUGCUGAAGCAGGAGACCAGCAGCCUGGCCUGCAGCCUGAGGAUCCUGUUCAGGAUGUACACCGACGAGCAGCGCAGCGACGCCUGGGGCCAGGUCCAGGCCCGCCUGCUCAUUGUGUGCAGCGAGGCCGUCUCGUACUUCCUGGCUCUGACCUCAGAGAGCCACCGGGAGGCCUGGACCAACCUGCUGCUGCUGCUGCUCACCAAGAUGAUGAAGAUCAACGACCAGAGGGUGAGACGCACACGCACGCACGCACGCACGCACGCACGCACGCACGCACGCACGCAACAGGUGCUGUGA